CCCAUAUACCUUUUUCUAAUGCCAUGCUCUACUAUAGAAAAUCGACAAGUUUCUGUAUUUGAAACCACUUUUCAUGUCAAUCAUGAAAUAGUGACAGUAAGCAUCAUUACAAAAGAUAGUGUCAGUAAGAUGGUUUGAUCAUAAUACAUGAUUCUUUUUUAUUAUGUAGGUUUUUAAUGUUGUUAUUCAAACGCCAGCUUAUACUGUAUCUUUAUUUCGAUACCCAACCGAUUUUAUCGAAUUUCAUCAAAAGAUACGGUUCCAUUAUCAACGGUCCAAAAUUUCAUUUCCUGAAUUAUUUCCCAAUCAACAAAAUGUCAGGUACCGACUCACGUCCAAGCCAUCAUCCACUCGACUAAAGAUUUUGUGUCUAAUUCAACAACAUCGUUAUAAACGAAACAAGAAAUCCAAUGCAGAUAAAAUGGAACAAUAUUUACAAAAAUGUUUUCAACAUCCCGUGAUUUCCAUUUCUUCUUUAUUGAAGGACUUUUUAAGUGUACAACGUGAAGAUGAUAAAUUAAUCGAGGCGAUCACCAAUACAACUACCACUGCGGUUUCAACAAGAAGAAACUCCUCUUCCAUUUAUGGUAAUCAGCCCACCGUUCCUCCUGUAUGGUCUACUACUACUUCCACUGGUGUGAAUAAUGGUAGGAUCAUCAUCUCCUCCUCUUCCUCCUCUAACUAUGAUCAUACAGAAACUCCUGAAACCAUGUCUCAUCCUUCUGAGAUUCAUUCCUCCCAUCGUCAUCGUAAAGUCACUAUUGAUCAAUUUGAUUUACUGAAAGUCAUUGGAAAAGGUUGUAUGGGCAAGGUCCUUCUUGUAAAAUCAAAUGUGGAAGAUAAAAUACCAUCAUCAAAACUCUAUGCACUCAAGGUGAUCAGCAAACAAAAAGUUAUUCAACAAAAUGAAAUUCAACAUACAAAAGCGGAACGGGAUAUUUUGACAAGAUUACGCGACCAACCUUUUUUAAUCAAAUUACAUUAUGCUUUUCAAUCCGAUACACAUCUUUACUUUGUUUUAGAUUAUAUUUGUGGAGGAGAUAUUGCAACUCAAAUGUCAUUAUGUUUGACAUUUACAAAAGAACGAACUCAAUUUUAUGCAGCUGAAAUCUUAUUGGGUUUAUCUAUUUUACAUAGUCAUGGUAUCAUUUAUAGAGAUCUUAAACCUGAAAAUAUUUUGAUUGGCCGAGAUGGACAUAUUGUAUUAACUGACUUUGGCUUGUCUAAAGUCUUCACGAUGCUGGACAAACGUGAUAUGGGUUUACCUAUGACUGGUACUUUUUGUGGAACUGCAGAAUAUUUGGCUCCUGAAGUUUUAUUGGGUGAACAAUACUCUUAUGCUGUAGAUUAUUGGAGUUUGGGUACUCUCAUUUAUGAAAUGUUAUCUGGCAUGACACCUUUCUGGGCUGAUACUCAUAUGGAAAUGUUUAGACGUGUAUUGGAAGAUAAUUUGGAAUUCCCUAUAUCUGAUGCUUUCGAUGAAACCACAUGCGACUUUUUAUCAGGGCUUCUUGAACGUGAUCCUUAUGAUCGUUUAGGCUGGGAUAGUUCUGAACAAAUCAAAAAGCAUGGAUAUUUUGGCAAUUUAGAUUGGGAUGAUGUUGCUCAACGAAAAUUAAUACCACCUUAUAUUCCUACCAUUGAAUCUGAAACUGAUUUGACACAUUUUGAUGAAUCCUUUGUUGCAAUGACACCUCGUAUUUCAGAAAUACAACAACAACAACAACAGGAACAGGAUAUGGAAGAUGAAGAUCCUUUUCGAUAUUUUGCAUUUGAUCCACGAUUUUCCAUUGGUACAUUUCCGGAACAACAAGAAGAUGAAUCACAAUCAUUGAUUUCACCAACACAACAACAACAGAAAUCUCUUAGACCACGACCUUCACAUCAACGACUCAAACUUUGGACUGGUGGUGGAAGAGAAAGAUUCUCAACAUCAUCUUCUUGUCUUUCUUUUGGAACAGGUGAUAUCAUACGACAUACUGAUACAAUGCCAUCCAUCUUGACUGGGGCCAAAAAUACACCUUCUCUCGCCACAAGUGUUAGGAAACGUCAUAGUGCUGCCUUAUCUUUUGAUUGUUUAGAUUCCCCUAUACACCCCACUACACCUACCACCACCACUACUACUACGACCACUACUUGAUUUUUUUUUUUAUCUCAUCUUAUUUAUUGUCAUCUCUAGUUUAUAUCCCUCACAUCACCUUUAAAAUUAGAUUAGAUGUUUUUUUUUUUUUUUUUUAAUGAUAACAAUAAAG